ACUCGCCACUGUGGGGAGCAGCUGAGUUUUCCAUCCGCUUACUGAGCUCUUGUUUUGAAAGAACCAGGAAGUCGUCGUGUUUGAUUGUUCUGGUCGGGGUCCGUUGACUCCUGGUCCUGGUCCGCUCAGCCUCCUCCGGUCGUCGCCAUGGUGCAGAUGAUGGAGUCGCAGUGCGAGUACUUCAUGUAUUUCCCGGCUGUGCCCAUCACGGACCUGUCGGACCCGGCCCGGUACCGCAGUCUGCCCCGCCGGAGCCACCUCUACCUGGGCGAGACGGUCCGCUUCCUGCUGGUGCUACGCUGCCGGGACGCCGCGGCGACACCGAGCGAGGCCCCCGGGGGCGCCGACGUCACAGCGGCCGGUUUCGGCACAGAAUCUCCCAGCAGCCGAGCGUGGCGGGAGCUGGCCGGCUCUCUGUGCGCCGUGGCCAGCGUGAGCCCGGGGGAGAACAGCCGUCACCGUGGCAACCAUCACCAGGACUACCAGAGCAGCGGCGACGAGGACGGCGAGGACGACUACAUGGCGGCGGCGGAGGCGGCCAUCGCAGCGCUGGGCAGCAGGGUGGACUCGCGCUGCCGCAGCUUCAGGGACUGCAAGCCGCUCCUCAUCCACAACUCGUCCGGGACGGCGGCCAGGGAGUUCCGCAGGGCUCCGGUUCAGUCUCCUCUGGAUGAGCCGGUCGUUCUGACAGACGAAGUGAUCUUCCCUCUCACCGUCUCUCUGGACAAACUUCCAGUCAACACCCUGAAGGUCAAGGUCAUGGUGACGGUGUGGAAGAAGGAAGCAGAAAAGGUGGAGGUGCAGGAGCUGGGAUACCUGAGCGUCCUGCAGCAGCGAGAACCCACACACACCUUCAGACACGACCUGAACACCUUCAAGGCUCAGGUGAGCACCACGCUGACCGUCCUGCCGCCUCCCACCGUCCGCUGCAAGCAGAUGACGGUUUCUGGGAAACAUCUCGCCGUCCUAAAAGUCCUGAAUGAAUCUUCCCAGGAGGAGCUCAGCAUCCGGGACGUCCGAAUUCUGCCCAACCUGAACGCCUCGUACCUUCCCAUGAUGCCGGACGGCUCCGUGCUGCUGGUGGACAACGUCUGCCAUCAGUCCGGUGAGGUCGGCAUGGCGUCUUUCUGCCGCUUGGACAGCAGGGCCUGCCGCCUUCCCAGCAUGCUCGGCGCCCUGGAGGAGCACGACUUCCUGUUCCAGCUGCACCUGAACGACGUGCCGCAGGACGACUCUAACGAGGGCUUUGAGGUUCCUUUGGUGGCGGUUCUGCAGUGGUCCACUCCCAAGAUGCCGUUCACCAACUGCAUCUACACCCACUACAGGCUGCCCAGCAUCCGUCUGGACCGGCCGCGGUUCGUCAUGACCGCCAGCUGCCCCAGCUCCGUCAAGGUCAAAGAGCACUUCAAGGUCAAAUACGUUCUGAUCAACAACCUGCAGGACUUCCUGGCCGUCCGGCUCGUCUGGACCCCUGAAGGUCGCGGUCGGGGCGAGGACGCAGCGCUGGCCGCCGUAGUGUGUCACACGCCGCUCAGCAACCUGGGCCAUUGCCGCAGAGGAAGCACUCUGUCCUUCAGCGUGUCCUUCCAGAUCCUGAAACCAGGACUGUACGAGCUGAGUCAGCACAUGAAGCUGAAGCUUCAGUUCACCGCUUCUGUCUCCAAUCCGCCGCCUGACGCCCGGCCGCUGUCACGUAAAAACAGCCCGUCCAGCCCCGCUGUGCGGGACCUUCUGGACCGGCACCAGGCCAGUCUGGGCCGAUCGCAGUCCUUCUCCCACCAGCAGCCGUCCCGAUCGCACAUCAUGAGGACGGGCAGCGCCAUGGAGCGGCGGGCCAUCACGCCGCCGGUCGGUUCCCCGGUCGGCCGGCCGCUCUACCUGCCGCCGCAGGACAAGACGCUGCUGUCCGUGGAUAAGAUCGCCAAGCGGGAGUGCAAGGUUCUGGUGGUGGACCCGGUCAGCUAGGCCGCUCAGCUGGACCAGAACCACCAGAUGUGAAGCUACUGAGGACUGGAAGCGCUGAUGGUGGAAACAUUCCGUCCACUCAGAGACUGAUGAAUAUUUAUUGUUUUAAAGUGUUUGCAGCAUUACAGGUCCAGAACAUUUCCUGAACGUUAACAGAGUAUUAUGGAGGUUUUGCUCAGUUUGCUGCUGAUUUGGAGGGACACCCGGCAGGCAGACGGGUUCUGGAAACCGGAACCGGCCCCGUUUCCCUCGGAUCAGCACCAAGCUGCAGACGUCUACCUGCUGUUUUUAUUUUAUUUCCCGCUCUGAACCGGAGUCGCUUCUUAAAGUGUUACCUCAUUGUUUCUGGAGUAUUUAAAGGUUCAGGCGGCUUCAUGUGUUUACAAUCAGCACUGCUGUCCUUCCUCUCCAGGUUACUGAAUGUAAAGACCCGGUCCGAUCCUGUCCGGUCCGGGUCGGUCCAGUCCAGACACUGAAGAGUUCCUGCUGUGAUUCUACAAUACAGGCUGAUGUUUAAAA